UAACUUUUAUAUCUUAUGUUUAACUCUGCAUUGUUGGAAGAGGACCUGUAAGUAAAAGUUACUGUUAAUCUACACCUGUUGUCUACGAAGCAUGUGACAAAUAACAUUUGAUUUCGAUAGCCACUGCAGAAAAGCUCAAUCCCCAAUCAAGAUGGUGCUACCCAUGCCUAUCCAAUCCUUUCCGAUAUACAAAAGUGGUUAGGGUUUGAUUUGGGAUUCAGGGUUUAGGUACCACAUACAUCUAUUCCAGAAUGUAUCUAUACAGCCUCAGUGGUGUCAAAACCUAGCGGAAAAACAAGGAAGUGGGUCCAAUUGUUUUUCUAGCAUACAUUUUUCACAUAGGGGAUUUUGGAAAUACUCCAAAGGCUGUGUUUUGUGUAGGCGUACGUACCCAGGCGUGAUGUUUAGAUAACCAUGUAAAUCUCUCUCAGGUGACUUAUCAAUAUAGUUGCCUCUUUACUCUGAUUCGAAAAUGCUAAUUAGUGUCGAAGCAGACAUCAUGCAAAACUACAAAUCCCCGCAAGCUCCUGCAUGUCAUCUCUAGCUGACGUCUUGGCUAACAGGUAUUGUGUCAAUUUAAAACUUGCACAAAACAGUAAACAGAAUUGUCCAUUUCAAAGAAAUGUAGCCAAUUUAUGAAUUACUACAUUUAGCUAAUCUAGAUAGUCUUACCUUUGCCUCGAUUCGCCAGUCUUGCCCAGAUCGUGGCAUUUAUAGUUAUUUAAUGAUAGCCACAUUAGGAGAAUGUAUUUCAUUUUUGGGGGUAAAUACAGGCGAAUGUAUUGACAAGUCUCCUUUUCCUAGAAAUUUACAAGGCUAUCAAAACGUAAUGCCAGGGUAAGCCUAACUGAAACACGGACGUUAUUUGAAGUGUUUCUAAAAUCCCCUAUGGAAAAACGAUUGGAACCAUUUCCCUGUUAGAUCACUAGGUUUUAUGGGUAUUAUGACAAACUUUUGUACUCUAAUAAUCUAUUGUAUUCCAUGUGCUAAUUAAUUUGUCUCUGAUGGUACAAUUAUUUCAACUGCCCAGGUUCUCAAGUACUUACGGUAACUAACAGCGGGCCAAUUUCUGAUUGCGUCACAUUCUCAAGGCGUUUUGUUGUGUCGAAGAUUAUCUAUUAUAUAGACAAGAUGGUCUACAGACCGCUUUAACAAUGGAAAUACAUGGAAACAUUCUAGAUCUAGCCCAUGAUUUAAUGUAGAAAAUAUCACAGGAGGUUGGUGGCCCCUUAUUUGGGGAGCACGGGCUGGUGGUAACAGCUGGAGCGGCAUACGUGGAAUGGCAUUGUAAUGAAACGGGCCCAGGGAGCAGGUCUGGAACCCUCAACCUCCUAGCCCGAAGUCCAGCGCGCUAUCGACUGUGCCCCAAAAGCAUGCUCAAGUGGCAGUGGCGAUAUCUACACUUUUUUAACCCAGGUUCGUUUCAAUUUGUUUGCCAUUCCAUUUGUUCCAUUCCAGCCAUUAUUAUGAGCCGCCAUCCCCUCAGCAGCCUCCACUGAUUUCAAUAAACAACCAGAAGUAAUGACGCUAGCAAUAGCCUACGCUAAUUGGUGGAGUAAUUUAAUUAGCUAAAAUGUAAAACUGUUGAUUUCACGGGUACAAAAUGAAGGAAAAGUUAGAACCGUUACUUUUGGGGUGUUAAACCGGUUCAGAACUUCAUGCUGGUUGGACCACUGGGACAGGACGAAAUAUAUAGGGGUUCUGCUCAGAGAAGAACUAUAGGAAACCGUUAACAACCCAAAGAUUAUGAAACGUCCAUUAGAUCAAAUAACGCUCACCUAUCAAAAUAGCAAUUCACUUUUAUCUUGACCAAAUUCGACACUCGUUGCCCCUCAUAACAAAUCAAAAAAAUAAUACUCACUUGACACUUUGUGUGCUUAACGCUAGAAAUCUAGGCGGAGUCGAACCUCCCGCUUCGCCUCUUUCCUCUCCGCUUGUGUUUAGCGGGUAAAUGUGCCCUGGCUACCAUCGACCCUCAAAAUGACGAAAUUACAAUUUCUAAAUGUAUUUUUGACAGAAAAGUUGAUGUUAGCUGCCCAAGAUAUAUAUAAGCAAGUGGAAGAGACCAUAUUAGAAUACCAGGAGGAAAUAUUCCAGGGAAAGCGAGAGAAUGACAAACUGAGACGCAAGCUUCACGAUAAUGGGAUUCCAUGGCCAGACCGAGACCCCUUUUCUCCUGUAGAAUCUGAGGAGGAGGAGGGAGCCAUUGGGCAUAAGCAGGAACCAGACCUCGGACAGACUUUGGAGAAACAGGAGGGAAGGGCCAGAAGGGAGGAAAAGCUGUUUAGGGGACUGGCCCCGCUGUCUAGAUUUGCUCCUUCUGAUGGAAAUGACUAUGAUCAGAACCCACCUCAACCCACCUCACAUCAGUUCCAAAUACAAACUCACACUGGGAAGACUAUAGAGGGAGGCUUUCUAUCAAGCUCAACAACCUCCAAUCCAAUCAAAACAGAGACUGAUAGAUUGGGUGUCUGUUCAUUGGAUGAUACAUCAAGUGAUCCAAAUACUUUCUCUUCAGGGAACCUCGACCUUUCGGCAGCACAGAGUGAGAACAGUGUAAGUAUGAUGGGGGUGGAAGGUGGUGACGAACUACUGUCAGGAUUUGAGGCUCUACAGAUACCGCUACACACUGAAAAUUCAAAUUCCCUUCAAAUCCACCACGACACGUCAUUGUGUUGCAAGGUGUGUGGGAAACCCUGUAGACACAUGGGCCAUUUAAAUGCACAUGUGCGAAUGCACACGAAGGAGAAGCCAUUUCUCUGUGGCUUGUGUGGUAAGUCCUUUAGCUCGUCUGGGAGGUUGAAAGGCCACCAGAGGAUUCACACAGGGGAGAAGCCCUACCAGUGUAAUAUCUGUAGGAAACGUUUCAAUCAGACGGCGCACCUGAAGGUACACCUGAGAGUCCACACAGGGGAGAAACCAUUUAGUUGUCCCGUCUGUGGGAAAAGCUUCAGUCAAUCCAACAAGGUGAAAAGACACCUUGUGACACAUUCUAGAGAUGGUUCGUUCCUACCAGGCCUAUAACGGAGAUGUUUGUUCAAUGAUGUUUGUUUAAGGAGAUGUUUGUUCAAAUCCGUUCUGGUGUAGGAAAUAUUUAGGCUACUGGUUUAUAAUGAGGAUUUUAACAUGUCUUCCCAACCAUACAGUGCUUUUGAAAAGUAUUCAGACCCCUUCACUUUUUUCACAUUUUGUUAUGUUACAGCCUUGUUCUAAAAUGGAUUAAAUACAUUUUCCUCAUCAACCUACACACAAUACCCCAUAAUGACAAAGCGA